CUAAGCGACAUCGGUCUACAACGUUCACUCCUCAAUACUCUGGAUAAUGGCGAAAAGAAAGCGCCAGGGCGAGCACGCCACGAGAGCCUCAAGAAACGGAACCAGGGCGUCUGGAAAAAAGUUAAUCAUUAAUGCGUUCGUUGAAAUGUGCAGCGGCCAUCAGUCGCCAGGAUUGUGGAGGCAUCCUGACGAUCAUUCACACGAGUUCAACGAUAUCGACCAUUGGGUUGAGCUCGCCACGCUUCUUGAGGGAGCCAAGAUCCAUGGUAUCUUUGUAGCUGAUGUCCUCGGAGGUUACGAUGUUUACAACGGGAACCUCGAUGCUGCGAAGAUUUCGGGCGCACAAUGGCCGGUGAAUGAGCCCUUGGCAAUUGUCUCUGCAAUGGCUGCGGCCACGAAGAGCAUCGGCUUUGGUAUAACCGUGUCAACCACAUACGAGCAGCCAUAUCAUCUCGCUCGAAGGCUUUCAACUGUCGACCAUCUGUCGAAAGGAAGACUUGGCUGGAACAUUGUGACAAGCUACCUCGACUCUGCAGCUAAAAAUAUGGGAAUGAAGGAGCAGCUUCCGCACGAUGAGCGAUAUGCACAGGCUGAGGAGUAUGUGAAGGUUAUGUAUAAGCUUCUUGAGUCUUCUUGGAGAGAUGAUGCAGUCGUGUUGGACAGAGAGAAGGGUGUGUAUACGGUACCUGAUCGGGUUCGAGAGAUCAACCAUGACGGCAAAUAUUUCACGGUACCAGGACCACACAUCUGUCAGCCAAGCCCACAGCGUACACCAUUGAUACUCCAGGCCGGCACUUCAAAAUCGGGGAAGGUGUUCGCCGCGCAAAACGCGGAAGCUAUCUUCGUAUCCGCGCAUGCGCCCGCUGUAUGUGCGAAGAGCAUAGCGGAGAUCAGGGAAUUGGCGACUUCGCAAUUCUGCAGAGACGCGAAGAACAUCAAGGUUCUCGCUCUCGUAACCCCUAUCAUUGGACGAACAGAAGAGGAGGCACAGGCUAAGCUGGCUGAUUACCGCAAGUACGCGUCGACUGAGGGUGCUCUGGCCUUGUUUUGCGGAUGGACGGGGAUCGAUCUCGCAAAGUACGGAGACGAUGAAGAGCUACGGCAAGUAGAGAGCAAUGCCGUUCGAUCCACUGUAGAGGGAUACGCGCGCUUCUCCCCUGGAACGUCCAAGUGGACAAAGCACACGGUCGCUGAGCACGUUAGCAUUGGAGGAAAUGGGCCAAUUUUUGUUGGUACCGCCGCUCAAGUAGUCGACGGAUUUCAAACCUGGAUUGAUGAGGCAGAUGUCGACGGUUUCAACAUAGCAUAUGCGCUCUUUCCACAAUCGUUCAAGGAUGUCGUCGACCUGUUACUCCCAGAGCUGAAGUCGCGAGGCUUGUUCUGGGAUGACUACGCCGUUCCAGGCGGAACCUAUCGGGAGAACUUCUACGCGAAGAAGGGUCAGAGAGGACCAUUAGACGAACACGUUGCCUCCACAUAUCGCUGGAAGGCCGGGGUCGACGCCAAAGGUCAUGUCAUUCCCGAGUAGAGCAGUUUGAAGGUGGGCAUCCGAGCCCGUCGUGACAAGAGACGGAUUUCACAUGAGCAGUUGAGCGGGAACGCGACGCGUCUUGCAGCGCCAAGCGCUGACUAAGAUCACCUUCGUCGUCCACAUCUCGGACUUCACCAAAAGCUUGUACUUCUUCCCAAACACCCAAUAUGUAUUCUGCUAUGUAGAAAGAUUUAUUUAUUUUGAAUCGCACAUGUCUGAACUGCCAAUCACUUCGCUUCAGGACCUCGAGUCGUCUCAAGCUGUUUGUCUACUCAGGCGUGCCGUUGAGUCAACACCAUGUGUGCAUGUCACAUCGCGUCACCUCAAAGUAGGAAAUAACUGGUACCGAGACGCCUAUGAAAGUUUUUGAAGUCGCUAACAGCUAUGGCGUUACUAUUUACUAGAUCUAUCUCAAGCCCAGCCC